ACAGGUGUCCCCGCGGCUGCUGAGAAAAGCUGUUCGCCCCAGGAUGCGCGCUGUCGCCCUCACCCCGCUGGGAGCUGCGGUCCCCGAGGCCCCGGAGGUGCUGCCCACCCUGCAGACAGAAGUAUGGAGCUGGGGCCACGGCGAGCACGGACAGCUGGGACACGGGGACAACCUGGCCAGAUUAAAGCCGCUGUGCAUCAAGAGUCUGAACAGUAAGGAGGUGGUGCGGGUGGCGGCAGGCGCUGGUCAUUCCCUCGCCCUCACCGCUCAGUCUCAGGUAUUUUCAUGGGGAAGCAACAGCUCUGGUCAGCUUGGACACAUGGAGUCCCCCAGCACCAUCCCCCGUCUUGCAAAGCUCUCGGAGGGCAUCCGGGUGUGGGAUGUGAGCGCAGGGAGUAAACACACCCUCCUACUCGCAGACGGCGACUGCAUCCAGCCCAUCAUUUAUUACAGCGGGCAGCAGGCGAAAGAGACGGAGGAGGAGAGUGAGGCCAAGGAGCCGGGUCACCAGGAAGAAGGAGAGGAGAAGCAGGAGCGGGCAGGGGGCUACACCCCGCAGCCUGUACUACUGCCUUUCUGCAUGCAUCUGGGCUAUGUCAGCAGCGUGUUUGCUGGGGGCAAACGAUGCGUGGCGCUCUCGGACAGAAACGUGAUGGGCUUCAUCGCCAGCCUCCAUGAGCUGGCCGCAGCCGAGAGGAAGUUCUAUUGCAAGCUGUGCAACAUCAAGACACAGAUAAUACGCCCCCUGCUGGAGCUGGAAUCGCUGAGCUCCACCCUUGGUCAGGUGACCUUUGGCUUCCUGCAGAUUCUUGCAGGUCAGUUCAGCCUCCUGUGUCACAUGACCGGGCAGCACGCCGCCAGCCUCACAGCCAACCUGCGCCGUGGACGGGAUGUCAAAAGUCUGCUCAUUCUCGACCAUGCGGGCAUCUUCCUCGACUCCUAUAAUGAGUACUGCAGCACCCUGGGAAACUUCCAGGUGAUGGGAGGUAUUCAGGCCCUGACCAAGCCCUCGCUAGAUUUCUUUGGGAAGAGUCCUGAGCUGCUGCAGCGACUGUCGGAGUGCAGCGAGGAGAACCCCGCCGUGGCAGACCUCCUGUCGGCACUCUUCUACCUCCCAAUUAACCACAUUCACGAAUACGGCCGACUGCUGCUCAAACUGGCCACCUGCUUCGAAGUGUGCUCCGAUGAAUACCAGAGGCUGCAGGACAGCUGCUCCAAGUUUGAAGCUUUGUCCCUCCAGCUGAAGAGAAGAAGAAAAGACGCUGAGUACACGUUUCACUUCUGGAAGAGCUUCCCUGGCAAAAUGACGGACUCUCUGAGGAAGCCUCACCGUCGGCUGAUCUGCGAGAGCAGCAACAAGGCCCUGACCCUACAGAACGCUGGGAGGUUCUCCGUCAACUGGUUCAUCCUUUUCAACGACGCUUUGGUCCACGCACAGUUCUCCACCCAUCACGUCUUCCCUCUGGCCACACUGUGGGUGGAGCCCAUCCCAGAGGAGAACACUGGGACAUACGGUUUGAAGAUGAUCACACCCGAGGAGACGUUCACCCUGCUGGCCUCCUCUCCUAUGGAGAAGGCGAAGUGGCUUCGCUCCAUCAACCAGACGGUGGACCAGGCCCUCAGUGGAGCCACGCACGACAAGACAUCAGUCAGCCCGGGGUCGGGGCCAAAGCUGGAGCCUCCUAUCUCCAGGACGGCAUCCUACACUUUUUAUAAGGAUGGGCGUCUGAAAGAGGCCACAUACGAAGGCCGCUGGCUCGCUGGCAAACCCAACGGCAGGGGAGUGUUAAAAUGGCCUGAUGGGCGAAUAUACACAGGGGAGUUCAAGAACGGACUGGAAGAUGGGUUUGGAGAAUUUACCGCUCCCAAUAAAGCGCUCAACAAGAACGAUCACUAUCAAGGUCACUGGAAAGAUGGGAAGAUGCACGGCCUCGGGACGUACAGGUAUGCCAGUGGUGAGGUCUACGAUGGAUCCUUCCAGGAUGGUAUGCGACACGGUCACGGCAUGCUGCGCAGCGGCAAGCUCAACACGUCCUCCCCCAGUGUCUUCAUAGGCCAGUGGGUGCAGGACAAGAAGACAGGCUACGGAGUCUUUGACGAUAUAACAAAGGGAGAGAAGUACAUGGGCAUGUGGCAAGACCACCUGCGGCAGGGCACCGGGGUGGUCGUCACCCAGUUUGGCCUGUACUAUGAAGGAACCUUCAAAGAUAAUAAAAUGAUGGGCACUGGAAUCCUUCUGUCAGAGGACGACACAACGUAUGAGGGGGAGUUCUCUGACGACUGGACCCUGAAUGGAAAGGGUGUGCUGACCAUGGCAAACAGUGACUACCUGGAGGGCUCCUUUGGUGGUGAAUGGGGCUCCAGCCUCAAGGUGACGGGCUCCUACUUCAAACCACACCUAUUCGACGCCGACAAAGAAAAGACUCAUGUUGUGAAGCUCGGCCGUCUGUGUGUAUGCUCGGAGGAUAAGUGGCAGGCGGUGUUUGUCGAGUGUUGGAGUCAGCUGGGCUGUGAGACGUCGGGCCAAGGAGAAAACUGGAAGGCGUGGGAGAACAUAGCUGUGGCCCUCACCACCAACCGGUGGCAGAUCCAGGACAGGCCGGAGAUUCUCUCUCGGAGCCACAGUAGAACCCUGGAGAGUCUGGAGGUCAUCCCGCAGCAUGUGGGACCCAUUACUAUGGACAGAUAUCACAUCAUCCGCCUCUACCUCAUCAAGGCUUGUGACACCCCACUCCACCCACUGGGACGGCUGGUGGAGACCCUGGUGGCGGUCUACAGGAUGACCUACGUGGGCGUUGGAGCCAACCGGCGACUCCUGCCUCAGGCUGUCAAUGAGAUCAAGUCUUACCUCAACCGCAUCUUCCAGAUUGUCAGGUUUCUGUUCCCAGAUCUGCCAGAAGAGGGUGGCCAAAUUCCAGAGCCAACCACGAACCUACCAGACCAGAAGGAGCCAGGCUCGACUGAUGCCCCGCCGCAGUCACCCAAACCUGUCCGUGUGGUCAGCUGCUCGGCUCUGCUGCUUCCCGUCCUACUGUCUCGCCUCUACCCGCCACUCUUCACCCUCUACGCUCUAGACAAAGAGAAGGAAGACGGCAUCUACUGGGAUUGUGUCCUCCGCCUCAAUAAGCAGGCUGACCUUGCCCUCCUCGCCUUCCUGGGCGUCCAGCAAAAAUUCUGGCCUGUUUCCAUUUCUGUCUGCAUGCCUGCACUGGGGGAGAAGCAGCAGGUUCUCUCCAGCACCAAAGACGCCUGCUUUGCUUCUGCAGUGGAAACUCUGCAGCAGAUUAGCACAACGUUCACUCCGUCUGACAAGCUGCAGGUGAUCCAGCUCACAUUCGAGGAGAUCACGCAGGAAGUCCAGUCGCUGCUGAAGCAAGACUUCCUGUGGUCCAUGGACGACCUCUUCCCCGUCUUCCUCUACGUUGUGCUGCGAGCUCGUAUCAGGAACCUGGGGUCAGAGGUCAGCCUGAUCGAAGACCUGAUGGACCCCAGCGUCCAGCAUGGAGAGCAUGGAAUCAUGUUCACCACGCUCAAGGCGUGUUACUACCAGAUCCAGCAUGAGAAGAUCACUUAGCGUGGCGUUACUCCCUCUGUGAUCUGCACGCUGUUGCCCCACCCUCCCUGCUUCAACUCACACACACACACAGGCAGUCGCAGGGCUAGGACCAACCGGGCUUUGGAGUGAUGGAUGUGUGCAGCGGCCAAUGGGAGGCAGAGGAUCAUACGAACAGGUUGCAGGCAGCUCCAGCUGCUACUGUCAUGGAGACGGGAGACAGUCUCUGACACACACAUACAAACACUGCAGAGGUUUUUACCCUCUCAAUGACCUUUACCAGCCUCUUAUCUACGGAUCAUGACGUUACACAUGUGACCAGUGCCUCUUUGUACCGUCCAGUGUGAAAUGAUGAGGCUCACAACUGAAAUCCUGACGUGGGUGCUGUUGGAUAUAACAUCGUCAAUAGCUUUUUUUACUUGAUGCUAAUGAGACUGCUUUGUUCUCGACCUGCGAAAAGCCGGACCUCAUUUUCUACCUUCUAUCACAUUUUCAGCAUGAAUUAUUUGACAGAUUACUUGCUGAAACUUUAUUUUCCUCCCGUCAUUUCAGUCACUCUCACUCUUUUUAUGGAGAAAUGGGACGGAAAAAAGAGGAGCAUGAUCUCCCGGAAGCAUGUGACUUUCUGACUCUGACAUAAAUGUUGUUUUUUAAUUUAAUCCGAACCAACGGUAUUCUUACAGCUCGUUCAUAGCAGAGCUGCUCCUUAGUGUUAUUGGGGAAGUUAACCAGACGUGCAUUUCCUAAACGAACUGGUUAGUAGUUUUUAGUUUGACAAGAGAGAAGACUAACGGGUUAGUUUUGAGAAUGUGGGUCUAGUUAACCUUCCUACCUUUGAUUGAGGGCCAACACGUAGUCACUUCUUUGGGCUUUUUUCAACUGAAACUGUAGAGCUGUCUCUCAUGGAUUGCACUGGACAGCACGCCACGGUUUGAUACUGUAGCUGUACGGUUGGUGAAUAUAUACUGACUUGACUUUAACUCUAAAUGACUAAUGAAUACGGUUCAGAGAAGUUGGCAGCCAAGCAGCUACUCCAACUUUCCAUUUCAAUUAGUAAGUCAGAUUCACUGACUUGAAAGCACAUAGAUAUUUCACACUUGAACGUUUAUGGUAAGAUGGACCCUUAACUUCCGGUACCUUUGUUUCCUAAUGCAAAACCAGGUUAAGAGCUACAUCUAGUGAAAAGAAAUGUUCUCUCCUAGACAAUCUGAACUCCUCCAGCAUUGGAUUCUGAGCCCAGAUUCCUGUAUUAUUGAAUAUUGACAUGGUGCCGACACUGGUCUGCUAAUAUUGUGGGGUUUCGAAUGCGACUUAAUCUUCUGCCUUUUUACAUAUCGAUACUGCUAUGUAAAAAUCUGAAUUUUCCAGAUAAACUGAAGGAUUGAUUGUUCUUUUAAAACAUGAAUAAACCACUUAAAUACUCUUUUCUGAAAAAAACUGUCAGAUAGCCUAAAAAAUAAAAGAUUGUAGCUCCUGAAAAGAAAUUGGAGAAGCAUGUUUUACAGUGGCGCCAUAUGUCUGCGUGCUGUGUUGUGAACGGCAAUCAUCAGUGCAAAUCUUUUUAUUUAGCAGAGAAGACUUAAGGACAUUCCGCUGAUAAAGAUCAGCUUUUUCCCUACUGACAUGAAUUAUGUUUUGGAUAAAGCUUUCGAUCCAAAAUCUGAAAAUAGCCCCAAGAGUUCUUGAACUUUGAAAUAAUGAAUACAAAAGUUGAUCUUUUCGGGAUGCAAGUGAAGCGUCUACAGAGAGGCAGGCAGUUGGUAUAAUGCAAACACUGUUAUUUUAGAUUCAAAGCUGAUUCUCUGCCCUUGUUUCUGUUAAUACUGAUUGUUCUUUUUUUAAACCAUGUACAGCACUAACUGUCAGGCAUUGUUGUUUAUUUGCGUCACGCAUGCCAGUUUAUAAAAAAAAAGGGCUUAAGAGAGGAUUCAGAGGAUGAUCAAGCCUUUUUUUAUUUGAUUUCUCAGACGGUUUAACAAUAGAAAAGCCACUGGCCCACUUUUUGAGUGAAUUUUGGUGAAGCUGCAGGAUUUUUAAAAUCUAGCAACAGGAAGUUGGUGCCAAAUGGAUAAAAUUCAAAUCUAGAAUUUGAAUAGUGCUCAUGUGCACGAUUAAAUUUAAACUGGUAAUUUUGUGUGGGCAAAUAUCACAAUAAGUCCUCCAAGCAUGUUCUUGCUAACGAUGGAAACAAUGAAUCAGCGCUUUGAGUGAACAUCUCAUAGCAGAACCAUUUAAAAUCAGGCCUCUCUCAUACUUUUGUGACUUUAAAAACAACUGUGAUGACAUUUCUCUGUCAUUGAUUACAACCUCCAGUUACUGCUGGGACCGUACGUGCCUGACUCUCAAAUCAGUGAAGCAAGAUUGUCUCUGUGACGGAGAAAAUCUUCCCCCCGUGCACUGUAGUUAAAAAAUUGAAAAGAUGCUGCUGCCAUUUAAAAAGAAGGACACAACUGACGACUCAUUCAGAUCGUGACAUUUAUUUCAGCCAUUGUGCCAUGACUGACUCUGACACGAAGCUCGACUUUGUGUUGUUUAUGUAAACUGAAGGUUAUUGUUCAAAAGCUUUUGUUGGAUUCAUGAUUGAAACCCUGUGACAAGUGACUGCUUAAUGUACUGACCUCAACAGCAACAGUUUACGAUGGAGAUACCGGAGUUUUGUGUGAAAAUAACUGUUGCGUUUGCGAAGUUUGCUGUUAUUGUUUGUUUAAGCUGGCUGACAUGACGCCCAACCUGUGUCUUUUACAUGAUGUCACGUGUGUUGUUCCUUUAAAUGACAACGAAGGGCAAUAAACUUAUUUAAUGGA